AUGGACCGGGACGGCAACGGUCCCUUUAGGCUCGGCGCCGCCAAUCCCCUCCUGGGGGAUGAGACAUACGGCGAAGAGGGUCAAGGCUUCCCGGAGGCUAUAGCGGAUGCAUUUACGAAUCAAUCUACCGGACAUGAUGCAUAUGGCGCACAGGAAUGGGGAGAUGGGGGCACACUUAACCCAAGCAUGUUACAAGGCUCGGAUCUUACGCCCCCUGGGGUUGCCUUAGGUAUACCGACAGGCCCCUCCGGCGACGCUUAUGUAGACUCCGUUCCGUCUGGAAUCGAAGGCUCCCAUGACGAGACUUAG